UAAAGAAGAAGAGGCAAGUCAGAGAGUUAUACGAAAAAGAUGGUGGUAUAUAUAUAUUGCCAAUGACUGUCUGGUGGUCUUAAUGGAAGCUAAAAAUAGAGAUGGGAGAGGGAAAAGAACGCAAAACAAGGAACGAACCCAACCAUCUGUAAUUCAUUUCAUUGUUGCUGGAGAGGAGAGAUGGAUGGGUAAAAAGCGUGAUCAGGGAAGUGUGUAUUGUAUACAUGUUAUGUGGUUGGAGAUCGACGGUUUUAGCUUAAAAUCGCGUAGCGUGUGAGCAAAGCUCUCUAAAUCUAAUCGUCAUUCUUCAGCAUACGUUACCAACAACAGUUCCAGAUAUACAAUUGUAGAGACACAGAGUGCCUCAAUCUGAUCAACCCCAGCCUCAGCCUCAGCCUCAGCCUCAUCCUCAUCAGUCAUCAAAGAAAGGCUUUGCACAAAUGGAGUUGGAGAAGCUUCACAAGAAGAGAGCAAGGGAAGGUGAUCAUGAGGACCAUCAAGAUUAUUCAAAGAAAAUGAACGAAAAGAAGCAAGAUGUCAAGGGCAUCAUCGACUUUAAAGAGAACAACGAUGACAGCAGUAGUAAUGUCAAGACAUUGGAUUCCUCCUUGGCAUUAGAUGGUGGGGUGUUUGAUUUCCCGUGGCUGAAAGAUGGAAUGAUCUCCAAAUCUGAAGACUGGAGAUUGGAGGAGGACGCCUUCUCUUCAUCGUUGAUCUAUGACACCACCACCACCACCACCACCACCACCACUGGUAUUGAAGUUCCAGCUGGCCAAUGUUUGUGUCAGACUCCAGAGCAACUGCCAGAGUUUCCUGAGGACAAGUUUGAUGAUGAUUUGUGGCGGCCAGUACAUGAAGAUGAUGGGUUGGAAAUGGAGGGUGUGGAUUGCAUUUGGAGCUCUCUACUUAGUCAGCCGCUUCAACAGGGUGGUAUCUGAGAAUAUGCCUUCAAAUGUAGUAGAAACCUUGGUGGAAUACACCCCCCGACUCCAUGAUCAACUUCACAGUAUUCCAAGCCUGCAGCUAUUUGUGUUCAUCAGUUCAUGUCAAUAGAGCUCACCGUGCGGUGCGGUUGUACACUGGCAUGGCUAAACUUCUAUAGUUUUAGAUGUAAAUUAAGGUACCCUAGCUUCCUUAAUUCUAUGAUGUUAAUUAUAUUCAAAAUCUUUUUCUUUUCUUUUUUUUUUUGGGUGCUCUUACUUGGGCAUGCCUUCACCAUUUUUGUUAAAGACCUUUUUUUUCUUUCUCUAUGAUCCAAUUUAUAAUAGCUAUGAUUACAAGUA